AUGAUAUCCACUCAACGUCGACAAGAUAACAACCUCAUUUGGCACGAGAUGAGACAAACUGAGCAGUUACUGGCAUCAGAAUUCAAUAAACUGUCCGUCGAAGAACGAUCGGAGGCUCUAGAUGAUAUCCAUUGCGUCGGUGAAGAACUCCAGGAGAAUUCAGAUUCGAUUGGGAGAUUACUCGUAGAAUUUGAAGCAUUCGUCGAGCAAGAACGAAAUGCAUUUUACGAUAUGGCAGUCAAGAAGAACAGAGCCUAUGUCGAAGAUGCUUCGUUUCAACUGCGGUUUCUGAGGUACAACAAGUACAAUGUCCAUCAAUCAGUUUGUCAGAUGAUGAAGUUCUUGGAGCACAAGGCGAAAAUUUUUGGGAAGGACAAGGUUUCUCGAGAGAUCACACUUCAGGACUUGAAUGAUACCGCCAAGGAGCUGCUGGUGUCGGGGCUGUACCAUAUUCAAAAAGACAGAGACCAAAGCGGACGAGUCAUACUAUAUAUGAUGAGUGACAAACUUGGGCGAUGUAGCGCUGACACCAUGAUUCAGGUUGCGUAUUACAUGUACAAUAAUAUAUUACUCCCCCUUCCUGAAGUUCAAACCAAAGGGGUCGUCGGUGUAUACUACGAUGUGACAAAGCCCGGAGAGAAAGCUGAGAUGCCUGGAAUCACUUUCCUUCUAGCGCUGAUGGGUGCUAUCGCAUCUUUCCCUAUGCGGUACUCGGCAUUGCAUGUUUGCUUGAAACCUAAAGAUAGCAGCAGUUUGGCCCUGAGCAAUAGCUUUCUUCAUUACACUCUGAAUCUUACUUCAACGCACACCAGGACCAGGACACGCAUUCAUUAUGGCACUGAUAUGGAACUCCAGUACACUCUUCGAAGGCACGGUAUUCCCACUGAAAACACUUUCCCUGUCGAAGUUGAUGGGAAAAUCCGUAAGAACAUCUUGAAUGCUUGGUUUCAGAAACAUGAAGCAGAGAUUCGGCUCAACCAGUGGAUAGAAAAUCAACCCAAGCCGCAAGAUGUCCUGCUUGGGAAAGGAUAUCGAGUUCAAAAUCAUCCAGGCAAUACCUUGUUUCGGAACUUUCUCUUGUCGCACAGGGAUGAAUAUGAUAGAGCCCCGCGGUCUUUACGGCAACAAAUAUCUAGAAUUUUGACCCAAACGUUCGUUGAGAAAGGGACCCGAUUUCUCAAGCAAGCUGAAAAUGGUGAUUGGAGAGAAGUGCGUCACGAAGAGGCUGAGAAGAAAGUUGGUCAGCUGUUUAGAACUUUUCGAAAGAACAACAAUACAGGGAUCAUAAAAGCGUUUUAUGAGUAG